AUGGCUAAAGAAAAGUCUUCUAAAGAAAAGUCAAGUACUUCUGAGGAUAACUAUGACGCAAGGCUGCCCGCUGUGUUAGCAUUCGCUAAGCCAUUAGCGUCUAAGAAAUUAAACAAAAAAGUUUUGAAGACAGUUAAAAAGGCUUCGAAGGCAAAGAAUGUCAAGAGGGGUGUCAAGGAGGUUGUUAAAGCGUUAAGGAAGGGCGAGAAGGGUUUAGUUGUCAUUGCAGGUGAUAUUUCGCCUGCUGACGUUAUUUCUCAUUUACCAGUGCUGUGUGAAGACCAAUCUGUUCCAUAUAUAUUUGUUCCCUCAAAACAAGACCUAGGCACUGCUGGUGCUACAAAGAGGCCUACUUCGGUUGUGUUCAUUGUUCCAGGUUCCAACAAGAAGAAGGAAGCCAAGGGUAAAGAAGCGGAGUACAAGGAAUCUUUUGACGAGGUCGUUAAGGAAAUCAACUCCUUGUAA